GAAACUGAAUGUUAGAUGUCACUUUUAUCGCCACUAGGAUAACUUCCUUUCAAUUCUGUUUCCGUUUUCUAAAUCGGUUUCGGUAGUUUGGUGUAUUUAUAUAAUUUGUUUUGUUUAGUAAUUUAAUUAAUUAAUCAUGGCUCGUGGUUUAAAGAAGCAUCUUAAGCGAUUAGCAGCCCCAAAAUCAUGGAUGUUGGACAAAUUAGGUGGUGUUUUCGCUCCUCGUCCAUCAACUGGUCCACACAAAUUACGAGAAUCCAUUCCUCUCGUAAUCAUUUUGAGAAAUCGACUCAAGUUUGCUUUAACUAAUGCUGAAGUUACCAAGAUUGUCAUGCAACGUACCAUCAAAGUUGAUGGUAAAGUUAGAACUGAUUCUAAUUAUCCUGCUGGUUUCAUGGAUGUUUUAACCAUCGAUCGAACUAAGGAUUAUUACAGAAUUCUUUAUGAUGUUAAGGGUCGAUUUACCCUCCACAGAAUUAGGCCUGAAGAGGCAACUUACAAACUUUGUAAGGUCAAGCGAGUUGCUACUGGACCCAAAGGAGUUCCCUUCAUUGUUACACAUGAUGGACGAACUAUUCGGUAUCCUGAUCCCCUGAUCAAGCCAAACGACUCAGUCCGAAUCGAAAUUGCCACUGGUAAAAUCUUGGAUUUCUUGAAAUUUGAAACUGGUAACCUUUGCAUGGUCACUGGAGGGCACAAUUUGGGUCGAAUCGGUACUAUUACCUCUAGGGAGCGACAUCCUGGUAGUUUCGAUAUUGUACACGUUAAAGAUUCUCGAGGACAUUCUUUCGCUACCAGAUUGAAUUACAUUUUCGUUAUCGGAAAAGGAUCCAAACCUUAUAUUUCACUUCCCAAGGGUCGGGGUAUCCGUCUCACUGUCGCCGAGGAGAGAGAUAAACGAUUGGCUCUCAAGCGAAGUAGUUAAAUUUUCAAUAUCGAUAUUGGCUAAAAUAUUAAAAUAACAUUUUGAAACUUCAAA